UAAAAUAAAGGCGUCUUGGUUAAAAAGUACUAUGCUACUUUUACUUCAAAUGUUAAACUAACGGAGCCUUGCUAUUCGCAAAGAUUGACAGAUUGCAGUGCGUCUCUCUGCCUCCCUCCCUCAAAGCUAUCUGCAAACCCUAAGACUGAUAGAUUGCAGUGCGUCUCUCUGCCUCCCUCGCUCCCUAAAAGCUAUCUACAAACCCUAAGAUUUGAUGCUGAUGCUCCCUAUCUCUGGAACUUAGGGUUUGGAUGAGAGGCUGAUGCUACAUGAGAUUAUAUUCACUUCUAUGUACACUUGAAAUGAUGCAACGCUGAUUCUCAUCCCUUUAUGGUGAAUCCUUUGUAAGUGAACAGCUGCUGUGGCAUUUCUUGUUGAUCGGUGAAGCACAUAGGAUGUAUGGUAGAGUGGGCCUUGAUCGGUUUAAAAAGGCUCAAUCUUUAGAACCAUUUUCAGUAACUGUUAAUUCAGCCCCUCAAACUACCGCCCAACGGUCCCAGAAGCCCAGCUCAGUCAUUCAAUCACAACCUCAAAUACAAAACCCACACAAUUACCAGUAUCAUGCCAAUAAUAAUACUGUGGGGCAUGAGGCAGCGCCAUCAGUGGGUCAAAAUCUGCAGAUCACGCAGAUUGGAGGGGGGCAGACAACUUGGCAGCCACCAGACUGGGCUAUCGAGCCUCGGCAUGGUGUUUAUUUUCUUGAGGUUUUGAAGGGCUCUGAGAUUCUUGAUCGGAUUAAUCUGGAUAAGCGAAGGCACAUUUUUGGGAGGCAAUUUCAUACUUGUGAUUUCGUUCUUGAUCAUCAAUCAGUUUCGCGACAGCAUGCUGCUGUUGUCCCUCAUAAAAAUGGAAGCAUAUAUGUAAUUGACUUGGGCUCAGCACAUGGUACAUUUGUUGCAAAUGAGAGACUGACAAAAGAUAGCCCUGUUGAACUUGAAGUGGGUCAAUCUUUGCGGUUUGCAGCAUCAACAAGAACUUAUAUCUUGAGAAAGAAUGAAGCUGCACUUUUUCCCCGUCGUCCACUGCUCACAGAGAUCAACCUACCCCCUCCACCUGAUCUUUCUGAUGAAGAAGCUGUUGUGGCUUAUAACACACUCCUAAACCGUUAUGGUCUUAGCAAGUCAGACCUUUCAAAGUCCAAUGAGUUGGGUAGCUUGAUAAGUAGAGGAGAUGACAACCGGCUUUCAGAGAGAGCUUCUAAGAGAAUUAAGAAAACAAGAGUAGCCUUCAGAGAUCAAGUUGGAGGAGAACUCGUUCAAGUUGUUGGGAUUUCGGAUGGUGCAGAUGUAGAGACAGAGCCUGGUCCAAUAGGUGUGAAAGAAGGAACUCUUGUUGGAAAAUAUGAAUCCCUGGUAAAGACUACUGUGAUACCCAAAGGUAACGAAAAAAUCUCUGUAAAGGAAGAGAAUACUUCCCAAAAGGGUGUGACGGAGAAGUUACAAGUAGUAUUGAACAAGGUUAAGAGUACCCCAAAGGGUGGGAUUUAUGAUGACCUUUAUGGUGACCUAAUUUUGGAUAAUAAAGUGGGUUCGUCUUGGGCCUAUAGUUCAGGUGAUGGAGCAACUUCGACAACUAAAGAUGCCCAAGGGAAAGCCGUGGUUGGUUCAAGUGUAGAACCUGGAAAUAUCACUGGCUCCUACAAGGACGAAAAUGAUGAUGAUUUAUUUGGUGACUGAUUGAAGUGGGUUAACGGCUCUGCAAAUCGCUUGAUUAUUUGUUACUGGAUUUGAAAGCUGUGAUCAUUGGCAUGAAGAGGCUAUGUUUCCUUUAUAAAUUGGAAAAUUUUGUUGUAAUUCAUCAAAAAAAUUCCCCUUUUGUAGUGACCAAAUGCCACAAUGGGGUCUUCAGCCCAAAGACUCAGGAUUUAUACUGGAGAAAGUGGAAUGAAUAGUCGCGGCAAGACUUUUAUUGGAAGAUGCAUGUGCGUAAUUGGUUCUUUGAUAUUUUUCCUGCUAGCCACUGUUCUUCUGGCAUAUUCGGAAUUUCUAGCUACGGUAGAGACUGUUGCUAAGAAAAGAAAGUUCUGUUUUUGAAAUUAAGUGUGCUUGCAAGGUGAUCCUCAGUUGUAUUCAAAUCUCUUAUAGUCUUUUGAUUUCUGAGAAUCUUGAAAGGUUAUUAUUCAUCCUGUCUUUGUAGUCUGGCGUCAAAAGCAGGCCAAAUGGAAAUCAUUCUCUCAUCUUUUGAA